AUGAAAUACAAAGUGGCCAUGAUCCUGCAGAACAAGACCAAUGUGGCAGAGUUUAUCCUGCUGGGCUUCAAUAUUGCUGGAAAAGCACAAGUCCUGCUGCUCUUCAUGGUGCUCUUGGGGACUUUUGUUCUGACAGUACUAGGUAACUUGGUCAUUAUUGUCAUCACCCUUGUGGACCAGCGCCUCCAAACCCCCAUGUAUUUCUUCCUCAGGAACUUCUCCUUCUUGGAAAUCAGCUUCACCUCUGUAGUCAUCCCCAAAACACUUGCCAACCUCCUUGCAGAGAAAAAGACCAUCUCUUUGGUGGGCUGUUUCAUCCAAUCCUUAUUCUACUUCAUCUUGGGCUCAACCGAGUUCUUCCUCUUGUCUGUGAUGUCUGUAGAUCGCUAUAUGGCUAUUUGUAACCCCUUGCGCUAUGCCACCAUCAUGAACAGUCGGGUGUGCUCCAUGUUGGUCCUGUUAUCUUGGAUUGGAGGCAUUUUGUUCAUUCUUGGCCCAACAGUUGUACUGUUCCGCUUGCCGUUCUGCGGUCCAAAUGUCAUUAACCACUUCUUUUGUGAUAAUUCACCCUUGAUUAAACUGUCCUGUGCAGACACACACUUUCUGGAGUUCCUAGAUUUCAUUGUAGCUACAAUCAACUUGAUUGGGACCUUAGCAAUAACCGCCAUCUCAUACAUCAGUAUUGUCUCCACUGUAUUACGCAUCCCAUCGGCCAAGGAGAGGAGGAAGGCUUUCUCUACCUGCUCCUCCCAUAUCAUUGUGGUUUCCAUAUUUUAUGGCAGCUGUAUCUUCAUGUAUCUGAGACCCACACAAAGCAAAGAGAUGGACCUCAAUAAAACUGUGGCCAUCCUCAACACUGUGGUGACACCUUUGCUCAAUCCCUUCAUAUACACUCUGAGGAAUAAGCAAGUGAAGGAAUCCCUGAGAGCUAUAUUGAGAAGGGUUCUGGAUAAAAAUAGGGAUUGA